AUGCAGAACUAUCAGAAAGGGGCACCAUCACCAAGGCCUGUUCGCCCAAGUUUCGCUGAUGACGUAUACGGGAAUAGUAACAAUUCUGUUUCGACAACAAAUAAUCAAGAACAAAAUCAAACAUCAGUUUCUGAAUGUACAUUGGCUCAAAGACGAUCAGCUAAUCUUCCAAAAUUGAAAGAUUUUUCAACUUCUGAUAUAGUAUCUACAGAUCAAAGUACAAAUAUUCCUGAUAUGAGUGAAUUAAAUUUUGAAUAUAAUGAUCAAGAUGCUCAUUCAGUAGAACUUUCUGAAUUUUAUACUUAUUCAGAAAUGGUAGAAUUUAUUGAAUAUUCUUAUGACUUUGAACAAUCAUUUGUUAAAUGGAAUGGGAAUAAUAAUAGGAAUUGGAGGAGAUUAGAUGAUGAACAAAAGAAAUCUUUUUUAAAUUAUCUAUUAAAUAAUUUAGAUCAUUCUGAGGGAGAUAAAAGAACUUCAGCUUUAAAAUCAAUUUUAUAUUUAUUACAAGGAGCUUUUAUGGAUCUCUCAGAUUAUGCUGAUGAUCAUGAUUUAGAUGAUAAAAACAAAGAAGAUUUAGAAAAUAACUGUCUCCUGGAAGGUAUCAGAAAUGCAUAUAGAAUGUAUGAGUUAGGAUAUUUUCCUAUUUUAUGUAGUUUGUUAGUUCUUGAAGGAAAUCGAUAUAUAAAAGAAGGAGGAGAAGAUGGUGAUAUAAUAAGCAGUAGAUGUUCUUCACGAAAUGGUGUAAAUAAUUAUCAAUCUAGUGUUGGAAAUGAUAUUUUGUUUCCACAAUCAUAUAGCAGCACAAAUAGUUUAGAAAGAAAAUUUAAAAAAAUGAAUACAAUUGCUAAUAAUAUUGUUUUUAGAAUCAUUCUAGGUUGUUUAUAUCAUCUUAUUGAAAGCAUUAGAAGAGAAGAUAUUUUGGAAGUUUUAGUAGAAAAUGGUGAUGAUAAAGAGAGACUAACAAAAUUAAGGGAAUUAUUUAUAGAAGAAAUUGAUCUCGAGAUGGAAAAUACUGAUGUUACUCUUGUUGUAUUUUUACUCGAUCUUUUACACCCUUUUGUAAACCGCAAAUGUUCUUCUCUACCUGUAAAGAAAGUUAUUUUAACAAUAUGGAAAUUAUUGUUAUGUUCAAUGGGUGGAUGGAAUGUUUUAAGAGAAACUAAAUCAAAUAUUAGAAGAGAAAUGGGACUAAAAGUUCUUGAAGAUACUCUUGAAAUUACAAAGAAUAUGAAACCUUGCCAAACAAAUGAUCAAAAUAUGCAUCAAAUGCAACGUGAAGGUGGACGAGGAGGCCAUCAUGUUCGCCUCAUGUCCAGACAAUUGGCUACACAAUCUUCUGGAAGUGAAAGUUCCGUUGAUGAUGAUGAUGAACUUGCAAAGAAAAAUAUUUUCCCUAAUGAAGAAGCAUCAUUGAUUUCUGACUUAGAUGAUUUAAAUCAACAAGAUAAUUCUUUAAAUGGUGAUAAACGUUUUCUUAAUAGAUCACCAGUACUUUUUCCAAACUAUGCUUUUGCCAUGGGUGAAAGAACACCAAAAGCAGAUAGUCCUGUUUUAAAAGAACCAAAACAUAAAUUAAUGUGGACACCAAAAUCAAAACAGGAGGAUAUUGAUAAAUUUCUCCAAGAUGCUCGUCAAAAAUUUUUUGGUUUUACUUUGAAAGAUAAUAACACAACAACAUUCGGUUUACCAGAACCAGUUUUGCUUAGUUUUGAAGCUUUAAAACGGAAUCUUUAUGUUUCCCUUAGUGAGAUACAAAUAAAAGAUGAUGAAAUGUAUAAUAAAUAUCGAUAUGCAUUAAAUGAAAAGGUUGAAGAAACGGCAACUGAAAAAUUUUAUCGUGCUACUUUUAACAAGUUACCAGAUUAUGUUGUUGCAUUUUUAAAAAUAUUAAUGUCUGCUUUACCUUCACAAAAAGCAAAAAAUGAUACAAUUAAUAUUUUAAGUGAUGUAUUGCCAAAAGAUUUUGACAACAAUGAAAUGCUCUCUAAUUCAAUAAAUUUAGAUACUUCUCAAUUUCAAAAUAAUGACGAUUCAUUGGAAAGAACAUUUAUAAUGGCUAAUGAUAUUAAAAGGCAUAAAGAAAUUAUUAUGAAAGGAAUUUCAGCUAUAUUAAUAUUAAUCUUAAAACAUUUUAAACUAAAUCAUAUAUAUCAAUUUGAGCAUAUGGCAAAUUAUCUUGUUUUUACAAAUGGCAUUCCUUUGAUUUUAAAGUUUCUUGACAGGAAUAUGCCAAAAUAUAUACAAUCAAAAAAUGAAUUUUACCAUAUGAAUUAUCCAUUUUGUGUUGUCUAUUAUGCUAAGAACAAUACAUUUCCUAAGUUAACAGCUGAAAAUGUUGAAAAUCCUGUUAUGAAAUUGCCAGAUUAUUUUCUAUGGAGAAAUUUAUUUGCAUCUAUUAAUCUUUUACGAGUAUUAACUAAAUUAACAAAAGGAAAAAUAAGUAGAACAUCAAUGCUUGUUGUCUUCAAGUCAUCUGCUUUUUUAAAAAGGUGCAUGAAAGUUAAACAGGCAACAUUUCAGUUAUAUAUAUUAAAGUUAUUAAAAAUGCAAGCAAGGCAUCUAGGAAGACCAUGGAGAAAAUCAAAUGUUGACAUUAUGUCUUCAAUUUAUUUGAAAGUACGCCACAGAUUUAUUGAUGAUUGGGCUUUUGCAAAUGAAACUAAAUGUAAAUCAUUUGAUUAUUUAAAUGCAGAACAAGAUUUAAAAAACAAUGUUGAAAAAUUUAUACAAAGAAGAUAUCAGAGUUAUAUAUUACUUAACAAUGGCAGAAAAAAUAUUAUAGAACAACAAAAUAGAGAUGAUAAACAAAAGCCUUUAAAUUUCUUAAAUGAAAUAGAUGAAACUAAAGAAGCUUGUUUGUUAAAUGAUUUUAAUGUUCAUUUACCAAGUAAUUUUGAGAAAAAUUAUGAAAUAUGGAUGGAACAAGAAGUUUUUAGAAAAAAGAUAAAUUGGAAUGAAUUAUUAGAAUCAAUGACUUAA